GUUAUCCUUUGUUUGUUGCAAGCCGCUGAUGUGACAACGUGCUGCGCCUGCGGUUUAAGCGGUAAUAUAGCGCGCCUGGAGCGUUUCUUCAGCUCAAUAUAUUCACCACUCAACUAAACUCUCAACUUUAGUCAGCUGUAGCCUUUCGAAAGUAGCUGAAGCUUUCCGUAGCGCAAUAACUCGAAGUCUAUCUACGCUUUCAGCGUAACAGCUGUGGACUUUCACAUACAGCUUAGCGCGACUUACUUGUCCGAGAAGCAUUAGCAAACCACAUAUUCAAAUUACAUUAAACACACAAAUACACAGAAGUCAUGUCUCGCACAAUGGCGCACAGACACACUGCGACGCGACGGCAUCCGCAAGCGUUAUGCAAUUCAGUCCUCGUCCUCAGCGUCGUGCUCCUGCUACACAGACACAACUGCCAUGCGGACGGUAUGCAGCAUUUGGCGGACAGCGGUGGCGGCAUUGGCAUGGGUCCCCAUGCGUUGGAUGUGAGUCCCGCGCCGGGCUAUGGUCUGCCCGCCAUACCAAAGGAUCCGAAUUCUCGCUGCGAAGAGAUCACUAUACCAAUGUGUCGUGGUAUUGGCUAUAAUAUGACGUCCUUUCCGAACGAAAUGAAUCACGAGACGCAGGACGAAGCUGGUCUGGAAGUGCAUCAGUUUUGGCCGCUUGUGGAGAUCAAGUGCUCGCCCGAUUUGAAAUUUUUCCUCUGUUCCAUGUACACACCCAUCUGCUUGGAAGACUACCACAAACCAUUGCCCGUCUGUCGUUCGGUUUGUGAGCGUGCACGUGCUGGUUGUGCGCCCAUUAUGCAGCAAUAUAGUUUCCAAUGGCCAGAACGCAUGGCCUGUGAACAUUUGCCGCUGCAUGGCGAUCCUGAGAAUCUCUGCAUGGAACAGCCUUCGUAUACGGAGUCGGGCAGUGGUGGUGCGGGCGGUUCGUCAGGCAGCGGUUCGGGCGGCUCUGGCGGCAGUGGUGGUAGUGGCGGCGGUGGUAAACGCAAGCAGUCUGGUUCUGGUGGUUCGGGUUCACAGAAAUGCAAAGGUGGCAAAAAUUCAAAAAACUGCCAAAAUUCCCUAGGAGAAAGAACAAACGCAAAGGAUUGCACGUGCUCGUGUCUCAAACCACUCCUGCUCCUGGGGAAGGAAGCGCUGAUGCAGCCACCACACAUGCACUACCCAUGGUACAUGAAUUCAACUGUACAAAGAAUCGCCGGCGUUCCAAAUUGCGCGAUUCCCUGCAAGGGCCCGUUCUUCACAAACGACGAAAAGGACUUCGCCGGCAUAUGGAUAGCCCUGUGGUCGGGUCUGUGCUUCUGCAGCACCCUCAUGACGCUAACCACGUUCAUCAUCGACACCGAAAGGUUUAAGUACCCCGAGCGACCGAUAGUCUUUCUCUCCGCCUGCUACUUUAUGGUCGCUGUCGGUUAUCUAUCGAAAAAUUUUCUGCAGAAUGAAGAAAUCGCUUGCGACGGACGUUACCUGCGGGAGAGUUCGACCGGACCACACUCAUGUACGAUGGUUUUCCUACUCACGUAUUUUUUCGGCAUGGCUUCAUCGAUUUGGUGGGUUGUACUCAGCUUUACCUGGUUUCUGGCCGCGGGCCUCAAGUGGGGCAAUGAAGCCAUCACCAAGCACUCGCAAUAUUUUCAUUUGGCCGCCUGGCUCAUACCCACUGUACAAUCGGUGGCCGUGUUGCUGCUUUCAGCUGUUGAUGGUGAUCCCAUACUCGGCAUCUGCUAUGUUGGCAAUCUCAAUCCGGAUCAUCUAAAGACAUUCGUGCUGGCACCGCUCUUUGUAUACCUCGUCAUCGGCACCACCUUUCUGAUGGCAGGCUUCGUUUCACUUUUCCGCAUACGCUCUGUAAUCAAGCAACAAGGCGGCGUCGGCGCCGGCGUUAAGGCGGACAAAUUGGAAAAGCUUAUGAUACGUAUUGGUAUCUUUUCCGUCCUCUACACCGUCCCCGCAACCAUCGUAAUCGGAUGCUACCUGUAUGAAGCCGCCUACUUCGAAGACUGGAUCAAAGCGCUCGCAUGCCCGUGUGCCCAGGUGAAAGGACCUGGAAAGAAACCACUAUACUCAGUGCUUAUGCUCAAGUACUUUAUGGCAUUGGCAGUUGGCAUUACAUCGGGCGUUUGGAUCUGGUCUGGUAAGACGUUGGAAAGUUGGCGUCGCUUUUGGCGUCGACUAUUCGGCGCACCUGAUCGCACCGGCGCCAAUCAGGCGCUCAUUAAACCGCGACCGCCCAUACCGCAUCCGUAUGCGGGCUCUGGCAUGGGUAUGCCCGUCGGCUCCGCGGCUGGUUCGCUGCUCGCCACACCAUAUACACAGGCGGGCGGCGCAUCGGUGGCUUCCACCAGUCACCACCAUUUGCACCAUCAUGUUCUUAAGCAACCGGCAGCGAGCCACGUAUGACAUGGAGAGUCAGGCGGAGCUUCAACCAUGGGCGGUGGCGUUGGUGGUGGCGGCGGCGGCGGCAGUACAAUUGGCGGUGGCAGCAUGCUGGGCGGACACGGUACUCUGAUGAGCACAGCGGGUAUGAGCAAUAGUACGGUUGGCGGCGGUGUUGGUGUUGGUGUUGGGGCUCCUCCUGGCAGUAUGUUGCACGGUGGCGGUGGCGGUGGCAUCGGCGUCGGAACGCCUGGUAAUAUGAGUAUGCCUGGCGUUUAUGGCAAUGGCAAUGGCGGCGGUGGUGUUGGCGGUCCAAUGGGACCAGGUGGAGGCAAUGGCGGUGGUGGGAAUGGCCCAAGUACGGCACCCGGUUCGGUGAUCGAUUCACGCGCGGUGUCCGUGGUCGUUACGUUGCCCGGUGGGCCGGGCGCGCAACACCCCGGGCAGGCGCUGAGCGACUACGGUCCUAUAUAGUUAAUGGUACGACCAGAUACAGCGCACUGGGUGUCCACGAGCAGUUUCUCGCAGCUGUAAAUGAGCGCAACUGUGUAAAGAUUGUAGCAUAACGGUAGGGAGGUAGACAUAGAGCGUGAAAGAAUAAAGUUAAGGAUGAAAAGAGCAUUUAUAAUGGGUGAGCAUGAGAGGAUUAGUAUACGACAAACGCGCUUUUGUAUGUGCAGCAGGUGUUGCGCUCAUUUACAGUGUUGCAUUUUUUGAGCUUUAAAGCUAUUGAAAAGUUUGAGCAUGCAGUGAAAAGUUGCAACAAACAAGUCGCCAUAUUACUUUCUUCAAUUUUAUAGUUGUAAAAAAUAUAUUUAAAAAAUAAAAGGAAUGAUUAUAGCAAUAAAAAGAGUUUGUAUUAAAGUAAUAAACUUCAUACUUAUAAGCAAGCUAAACUUCAUAAUUCUAGUCCAUUUUCAAUGAAAGCAAAAAAAUUAAAACAAAAAAAAAACACUUUAAUACAAAAAAAAAUUUAUUUAGCAGACAACAACAAAGCACAAUUUCUAUAAAAUAUCACUAAACGAAUUCAAAAAGAAAUAGUCAAUAGCUUAUAAACAGAGACAUAAACUUGCUACACCUUUUUCUAUGAAUAAAUAUUGUGAAAAUAUGUAAAGCAAAAUAAUGCUAUAAUAGUGAAUAGUGUGUUAAAAAUAGGAAAAAAGAGAUACGAAAAGCACAUCAAAUGCGCGCGCCAGAGAUUUUUCUAUAAACAUUUUUUUUUUUUUUGUAAACGCAUAUUCAUUUCACAUUUUCCUAAUUCGUUUUUUCAAUUCUCUACUCAAAUAGACUGAUUUAUAAUAAUAUUUAAAAGAAGAUAAGUAUAUUUCACACUAACAAAGCGAUAUACAAUAUUUUAAAUGUACUAUAAAUUAUGAAAAACAUAAAACGAAUGAAAAAAUGUUAAUGAAAUGCGUACGAACAAAACAGACAAAAGGUAGUAAAAAGCAGUAAA